UAUUGCGUUACUUGCUCCUGUAUUGAGGUAUUUGUCUAGAGAUCAAGAUGCCUGAACCAGCGAAAUCCGCUCCCGCACCUAAGAAGGGCUCCAAGAAAGCGGUGACUAAGACCCAGAAGAAGGGCGACAAGAAGCGCCGCAAGACCAGGAAGGAGAGUUAUUCCAUCUACGUGUACAAGGUGCUGAAGCAGGUGCACCCCGACACCGGUAUUUCCUCUAAGGCCAUGGGCAUCAUGAACUCGUUUGUGAACGACAUCUUCGAGCGCAUUGCUGGGGAAGCGUCCCGCCUAGCGCACUACAACAAGCGCUCGACCAUCACCUCCCGGGAGAUCCAGACCGCCGUGCGGCUGCUGCUGCCUGGGGAGCUGGCUAAGCACGCCGUGUCUGAGGGUACUAAGGCCGUGACUAAGUACACCAGCUCCAAGUAACGGCUUUGUGCGUUUUUCGCUUCAAACCCAAAGGCUCUUUUAAGAGCCACCCACUUUGUCUAAAAAGAGCAUUGGUUCACUAUCAAUCAUGGGAAAUACUGAAGCUUCCGAAAAUGGAAGGUGGUGGGUUUUUUUGGUUUGUUUGCAUUUGUGUUAAGUGCAACAUCUCAAGUAAGAAAUUUGGGGCUGGAAAAGUUUGUUUAAUAGAAUUAGAUGAGAACUUAGAGUAACUUCA